GGGCGGGCGACGUGAGUUUCUGUCGCGCAGUCGCGAACAAUUAACGCGCGGGGCGGCGCGGCCGAUACGCGUCGCACGACGUCACUAUAAUGUGGUUAGUCAGUGAGCGUCGGAGCCGAGCCGACGGCGACGGCGAGUGUAACGAAGUCGAAGUGAAGAACGCGGGAGAGCCGCGCUGCUCGCUAAGCCAGCGCGCCGGCCACAGCACGGUGGAGUUCAAGAGCACGGCGUGCGCGGGGGCCGGCGAGCCUCACGCGCCGCCUCUCGCCGCCCUGCCGGACCCGCAGCAGUUCAACAUCUUCCCGGCCUUCUUCAGCCGCCAACUCAACUUCACGGGUGGCGGUGGCUGCGGACAAGGCUCUAAGAUCAUGGAGGAGUUGCGGCCGAACCUGGUGGGAGGAUUGCUCGGUGUACCUGGCUUGCUGGACGAACACCAGGCGGAUGCCAAGUUCCUCACUUCUGGCGGCGAGAGCAAAUACACGCCCGACAAGAGCCGUAAGUGCAGCAACGCUUCUUCAUCAUCGGCGGAAGAAUUCGGCGGUCUGUACGGAGGGGAACACGCCGCCACGCCUCCAGCACCUCCACUCAGUAGAUCCUUGCAUGACAACACAGAGGGAGCGUUUAAAAAGUUAAAGCCGGAGCCUGGUGGGAAUGGGUCCGGUGCGUCGAGUGGUAAUUCAGCACUAUCGCCGGCUCUAGGACCACAGCACGCGGGCCACACGCCAACAACUGCAUCAUGUCCGACGCCAGCGAGGAGAAGACAUCGAACAACAUUCACACAGGAACAAUUAGCAGAACUAGAAGCUGCAUUCGCAAAGUCACAUUACCCGGACAUUUACUGUAGGGAGGAGCUGGCGAGGACUACGAAAUUAAACGAAGCCAGAAUACAGGUCUGGUUUCAAAACCGCCGCGCGAAGUAUCGGAAACAAGAGAAACAAUUGCAGAAGGCGUUGGCGCCGGCCGUGCUGCCUGGCUGCAAUGGAAUGAUGAGGAACAUUCAGGGCUACCGAGGAUACCAGCCCUAUCCACACCCCAAUACCAUCAACCGGUAUCCACAGUUUUCCUUCUAUGAACAGCAUCACGGCAGCUACGAAGAACUACAGAAGGAUAUAUUUUCUUUAUCACAAAUGGGAGGUGGAUCGUACCCUAUGCCACAAGGAUUCUCUAUGGGGCACAGUGCAAACAUGAGCGCUGUUGGAAUGAGACAAGACACUAUGGGCAUGAGUGCAGAAGACGAAUGGUACAACAAAUCUCUGUCAGCACUCCGGAUGAACAGCGGGCACCACGCGAACCUAGCGGCGGCACCCAUGUUGCAGUACCAGACCUAAUCGUUGCUACACGGCGCUGACUACUCACCAGCGCCGGCGCACGACUACGCGCCACCGUAGGACUCACGCAUACUAAAACCAACUAACGUACUUCACUUAAAUCAAACAGCCGAUAAAUAUCAAUAUUUUACUGAUGGUAGGACCUCUUGUGAGUCCGCACGGUUAGGUACCACCGCCCCGCCUAUUUCUGCCGUGAAGCAGUAAUGCGUUUCGGUUUGAAGGGCGGGGCAGCCGUAGUACCUAUACUGAGAUCUUAGAACUUAUAUUUCAAGGUGGGUGGCGCAUUUACGUUGUAGAUGUCUAUGGGCUCCAGUAACCACUUAACACCAGGCGGGCUGUGAGCUCGUCCACCCUCCUAAGCAAUAAAAAAAAAGAGAACUGUCAAACAAUAUUUAUUUUCAAAUGAAAAACUGCAAUAUUAAAAUCAAUCAGCUGAUGAAUUACAAAAAGAAAACUGUUAAUCAACUUUAUUACUUUCAAAUGAAAAAUUGAAUUGUUAAGGAAAGUACUCCCAAUCUGUUCGCAGAAUUGUUUUUAGUAUGUGAAGUCUGUAUCUAGCCUGCCUGUGUUGGUUGAGGCUAUGAGAAUCGUAAACACAUUCACGUUUUCGGAUAGCUAAUGUCUAUUUAAUAUUUAGCUAAUAAAAUGCAAUUUACAAAUUCAUUUCAUUUUAUUACAAAUGAUGAUUCCUUUAAAUCAAAUCACAAUAAGAAAAUUCUGUCAAAUGUUUUUUUUAUUUUUUUUAUUUUUUUUACUUUACUCAUAGUAUAAUAAUUCAAUAUUAAUACGAAAAUCUUAAUGUUUAAUCAAAUUUAUUAAGAACAAUAGCUAUACGAAGACAAGUAAGAAACGUGUCAAAAUAUAAAUAGGUACAAAUAGUGUUACAGUUUUAAUAUGAAACAAUUGUUUCACACGCGUAUGAACCUGUACUUUUUAAUUACCAAAAGUAAAAAAGCGGGGGACUUUCUACUCAUCUUCUACCCGCAGAAGGCAUUUUUGGUCGCUUUUGCAAAAUAAAAAGUAAAAAAAUUAUAAUGGUCUUAAUUAGUUUAUUAAUUGAUUAUCCCCUCGUGAAUCGAAUAGCAUUUUACAGUGCUCAUAAUUUAUAAUAGAGGAUUUCCUAAAAACUGACUUUUAAUAGGAAAUGAAACACAAAGUUUGGUCACACGUACCCAAUUUAUACCUCUUUUGAAUAAUAUGUCAAUUUAUUUUUGGUAAUUAAAAAAAUUUCCGGUGCGUUGUAUGCUAGUCAUAUUGUACAGACAUUUUAAAUCGAUUUAAGUAACAAGUACUUGUAUUUUCUUGAUUGUUAUAAUUAAAAUAAAUUGUUGCACGACUUUGAUUUGUGAUACCUUCAAGAUUUAAUCGUAAUAUAUACAAUAAAUAUUUUUAUAAUUCGGUACAACAGAAAAGCAAAACAUUUGUCAAGACAAGACAAUAAUGUGUGAAAAUUAUUUUGACGUUGGUUUUCAAGGCAUAUUUACUAUGGGAGCAUUACAUUAUUUUUCGCCUAGAGUAGGUAUCACAUUCCAAAAAUCCUCAACAUGGCGUGUAAAUAAUAAACGACUUUGCAUAUUUUAAGAUGUUAACAGCUCAACGAUAUUGUAAUGUUAACUAAUUAGGCGAAUUUUUAUUAUAAGCGGCCAUUUUAUGCCACAUUCCUUAUUUAAAAACGGCACAGAUAAUCUAGUCAAUAGAAAAUAUUGUUCUUUUUUUUAUUAUUAUUUUGAUCUUAUUCAGUCAUUAACGGUUUUAUCUACUAUGACUGUUGGAUCUCAAUGAUUUUUAUGUUAAGCACUCUACACUACCAAAAUCGUUAUACAGCUAUAUAACUGAAAAUAAAUUUACAUUCCUAAUAUUAUAAGCCAGUAUUGAAAAAUACAGAAUCCCUAGUUGAUCGAUUCAUUUCUUUAAACGAUUACGAACUUUCAACGGUUUCAAUGGAUAUAAAUGUUUAAGGUUAAUAAAUGAAGCUCAUUUACUUUUGGCUUUUGUACAAAUUUUACAAACCAUAUCAAUUAAGACUGUUUGGACAAAGCCGAGAACAGCUAACGGUCACAUUGUGCAUUUUUAUGUAAAUAUAAUUUGUAAGGAAACUCGUCUAAAUGAUAAACAUGUGUAAAACGAAAUAAAUUGUCUAAAAUGUA